AUGGCAGCUAUAAAACAAUUGUUUUUGAGUCAAUUUGUCGUAACAGAGGACAAAAUUAUCAAUGGCGGAGUAUUAGUUGCAGACGGACGUAUUGAAAAGAUAUUGAGUCGAGAUGAAGCCGUAAAAUUGAGUAUAGAAUACGGGGACAAACUCAAAGUGAUAGAUGGAGGAGAUCUGGCGAUGAUCCCAGGUGUGGUGGAUUCUCACGUUCACGUAAACGAGCCUGGACGGACCGCGUGGGAGGGGUUUCGGACAGCAACCAACGCGGCGGCAGCGGGUGGCAUCACGACUAUAGUUGACAUGCCCUUAAAUUCAAUCCCACCAACGACAACUUUGGAAAAUCUCAAAGUUAAAGCAUCAUCAGCUAAGGGGAAUGUAUUCGUCGACGUAGGUUUUUGGGGUGGUGUAAUUGUAGGAAAUCAGGGUUCUCUUCAAGACCUCGUGAAAGCAGGCGUAGUAGGGUUCAAAUGUUUUCUAUGCCCAAGUGGCGUAGAUGAGUUUCCGAAUGUCGGGGUUGAAGAUCUCAAAUUGGCGUUCCAGGCACUAGAAGGUACAGGAUCAGUUUUGGCGUUCCACGCUGAGCUAGAGGAUGACGAUACUCCGUGUGAAGCAAAAAAGCCAGCUCAAGAUCCAGAAGACUAUAAUACAUAUUUAGAGUCGCGACCACCUAAAAUGGAGCUGAACGCAAUAACAUUGAUCAAAAAAUUUGUUAUGACCUCCGACGUUCGCGUUCACAUAGUGCAUGUAUCAUCGGCGUCUGUGAUACCAUUACUGGUAGAAGCAAGACAAGCCAGACUGUCCAAAGGCAACGAAGCUUGGCGUGGUGGAGUUACCGCUGAGACAUGCCACCAUUAUCUCUCUUUGAGCGCUGAAGAAAUCCCCAAAGGGCAUAGUGAAUAUAAAUGCGCCCCACCUAUUCGGGAAAAGGAUAAUAAGGAAAUGCUGUGGCGCCAUUUAUUGAAGGAUGAAUUAGACAUGGUUGUAUCUGAUCAUUCACCUUGUACGCCGGAACUUAAAUGUAAAAACAAUUUAGAGGCCUGGGGUGGAAUAUCCUCCGUACAAUUUGGUUUAUCAUUAUUCUGGACGCAAGCACAUGCCCGGGGAUUGGACUUGAGAGCUAUAUCCAAGUACUUAUGUAGCGGACCAGCCCAUCUCUGCGGGCUGGAAAAACGAAAAGGCGCUUUGAAACCUGGAUUUGACGCUGACAUUGUGUUCUUCGACCCUAACGAAGUUUUUGUUGUUACUUCCGACAUUAUAAGGCACAAAAAUAAGCUUACACCCUACAUUGGAAAGAAAUUAAGGGGAGCCGUGAAGAAAACCUUCCUGCGAGGUGAACUUAUAUUUACCGAUGGUGACACUACUGGGGAGCCAAAAGGAAAAUUGUUAUUACGGGACUUAUAA